UGCUAGCUAUCGCGAGGACUGCCCGUUUAACGGCUCCCUUUGAAUGUGCGAAUCUGCGUGGGCGUCGCUAUGUAGGUGCACUGCAGGUUUUAAGAACGGAUUGAUCAGGCACACACACACACAUACACACACACAGGCUCUCAAUCCUCUCGUUCUUUCUCUGUCUUUUCCUGCUCUCUUUUUUAUGACAGACAAGAGGGUAGAUAGAGAGGGAGAAAGAAGGGGAGACCGAGGGAGAGAGGAGAGACGACAGGCAGCGCUGGGCUCCAGGCCUCCGGCUCAAGGCAGAAUGGCUGCUUGCUGAUGACUCAUCCCCGACACCGUGUGUUUGUCAAGGAGACUGAAUCAUACGUGCUGUGUAUGUGUGUGAGUGCGUGUGUGUGUGUGUGAGCGUAUGUACGUUCUCGCGACUGUGUGUGUGUUGGGGAGGGGGAGUAGAGGCAGCAGCAGCAGCAGUAGUGUGUGUGUGUGUGGGGCUGCAGAGACAACCGUCGUGCUGAUGGCAGAGGAGGGGUGCGGCUCUGGGAGCGCCGGGGCGAGAGCUGCCUGACCGGCUGGCUGGCGGGCUUUGGCCACCCUGCCAGCGUGGAGCCACAGUCCUAGCCACAGGCAUGGCGCACGGCUGCCGUGACAGUUACGUUGUGCGCGUCAAAGCGGUGGUCAUGACACGGGACGACUCGAGCGGGGGCUGGCUGGCGCAGGAGGGCGGCGGCCUCAGCCGGGUGGGCGUGUGCAAGGUGCCGCCGGCCGAGCUGACGGGACGCUGCAGCUUCCUCAUCCACGGCGAGCGGCUCAAGGAUAAGCAGGUGAUCUUGGAGUGCUUCGUGCGGAAGGACCUGAUCUACACCCGGGCUACGCCCACCUUCCAUCACUGGCGAGUGGACAACAGGAAGUGCGGCCUGACCUUCCAGAGUCCGGCGGACGCCCGUGCCUUCGACAGGGGCGUGCGCAAAGCCCAGGAGGACCUGACGGAAGGCUCCACCACUUCCUCCUCUACACUCCAGAAUGAGGCUGAGUUGGGUGAUGAUGAUGUAUUCACGAACAAUACCGACAGCUCAUCCAACUCCUCUCAGAGGAAAGAGCCGCCUAUGCAGCCUCUGGCCACCUCCACCUUUUAUGAGCCCCACCGGCACCACUGCAUCCUGGGGCACAUCCACGAACCCUACCGCUCCUCAGACCACUACUUCCUGGAUCAGUCAGUGCCCAAGUUCCCCCGGCAUGUCAGCUUCCUGGACGAGGAGGAGGACAUUGUGCGGAUCAACCCCCGCGAGCGCAACUGGAUGACCGGCUACGAGGACUACCGGCACGCAGCCGUGCGCGACCGCUUCAUCCAGCCCGAUGAGCUAGACUCUUACGUGCACUUCGCCAAGAGCGAGCCCUCCAAGCACGACUACAGCUACCCCUACACGCCCGGCUCGGACCUGGGCUCGGGCCGCCCGGGGGACCUCAAAGUCGACGGCGGCGGAGGACUUCUGGGAGGCUCGGUCAUCUCCACGCAGCCCAAGGGCCAGCGCAAGCGGGGCAAGGAGCAGGGCGAGCGCUCGCGCUGCAAGUACUGCCGGGACAUGUUCAACCACGAGGAGAACCGGCGCGGGCGCUGCCACGACGCGCCCGACCCCGUGCGCUCUUGCAUCCGCCGUGUCAGCUUCAUGUGGUGCGCCGACAGCCUGCUCUACCACUGCAUGUCGGACCCGGAGGGCGACUACUCGGACCCGUGCUCGUGCGACACGGCCGACGAACGCUUCUGCCUGCGCUGGGCCGCACUCCUCAGCCUGUCCGUACUGGCGCCCUGCCUGUGCUGCUACCCGCCGCUCCACGCCUGCCACCGCUGCGGCCUGGCUUGCGGCUGCUGCGGCGGCAAACACAAGGCCAUGGUGUGAGACCAGCCGGAUGGAGAGAGCGAGAGUGAACGACAGAGAGAGAAGGAGAGAAGGAAAGAAAGAAAGAAAGUGAAAGAGAAGCUGGUCAGGACUGAUGGAAGAAAGGGUUCUCUUACUUUUUUUUUUUAAACUAUUGCUCUCUCUCUGGGGUUCCAGAUGGACAAAAAAGAACAUGGUGCAGUUAACUUUCUAUUUUUUUUAAAUAUAUAUAAAUAUAUAUAUAUAGAAGAAUAUAUGUGUUCCUUUUUGUCCUGUGCAUAAAGGAGGUUCCUCCUCAUUUCCUUGUGAAACAAAAUGGCUCUUGGUAUUCCCCGGCUCCAGGCCUGUGUGCUUGUCAUGCAUCACAUAUGCAGGUACUUUAUAUUUUUUACACUGAUUUUAGGUUUUAAGAACUUGAAUUGUCUGUUUUGUUUGUUCUGUUGAAAUAUGAUGGUUGGUAUGUGUCCUCAUCCCCUUUUGAUGUUCUCAUGGUUUGCUGUGGCCAGCCAGCCAGCUGCUCAUUGGCUGGCUUCUUCCCCCCCCCCCCCU